GCGGGAAGGGCUCAGGAGGACAUUCCUCGAGGAAAGGCCCCGCAGGGCCGGCUCCAAGGCACAAAAAUGCCGGGGUGGUGCGGGGGAGCAGAAGGAUCCAGGUGUCCCCGGCUCACGCUGUGUGCCAAGCCCGGGACAGCAGAACACGGCCCGCGCUGCGGAGCCCAACACCCCAGCGGAGCCUCCCCCGCAGGGCUGGGCCGCCCUGGCCCCGCCUCGGGGCGCUGCCCGAGUCCCGUCCGGCCCUGCCAGCGCUGCCCCGAGGCCUUCCGGGCCGGCGGAGCCCGGGGCCGGCGGAGCGGGGGGUCCAUGGGCCCCGGCGGGCUCUGGGUGCGGGCGGCACACACGGCCCUCAGCGCGGCCCUGCUGCUCGGGCUCCUCCUGCACCGCACGGAUAUGCAAAAACAAGAGGAGCGCGGGGAGCUGCUUCAGCCGCUGAUCUUCGUUUUGCUGGUGUUAUGCUCGGUCCUGCUGUACUUCAAGGUGUCUCUCAUGGAUCCGGGUUUUGUCAAGCCUGAAGAGGAAGUGAAGGAAGGUGAAAAUAAAGGACAAGGUGUGGUGAUCCCUCAGAUUCCAGGUGACAUUAAGCUGCGGCGCUGUGGUUACUGCCUGGUGAAGCAACCCAUGCGAGCCAAGCACUGCCAGCUGUGCCAGCACUGCGUGCGGCGCUACGACCAUCACUGCCCCUGGCUUGAGAACUGUGUAGGAGAAAGGAAUCACCCCCUCUUCAUAGUCUACUUGAGUGUGCAGCUUGUGGUUCUGCUGUGGGGAGGCCAUGUGGCCUGGUCAGGCCUCUACUUUGAACAAUCCCGGGAGUGGCUGCAGCACAACAUUUUCCUGCUCGUGUCCUUCCUGCUGAUAUUCAUAUUCACCAUUGUGGUCCUGCUGCUGCUUGUUUCCCACCUGUACCUGAUCUCGUGCAACACCACGACCUGGGAGUUCAUGUCGCCCCACCGCAUCUCGUACCUGCGGCACUCCGAGCUGGAGAACCCCUUUGACCAGGGGAUAAUCCUCAAUCUCUGGAGGUUCUUCUGUUCACGCCACCUCACGGCAUGGGAGAACAUCUAUUUUCACAGGAAUACUGAGCCUGUCUAGUCCCAGUGUGCCAGCACACCUGGCAGGCUGCUGGGUAAAGCUUUGCUAAUGCAGUGGCUGCUGUUUCCUUACACUGAACUUUAAUAUAUCAUGGACUAUGCAACCUGCUCCACAAUCUGUUCAUCUGCAAAUUACAUUUCAGGGAUAGUCAGGGUUAUUUUUUGUAUAUAAAUAACACUGUUAAAGGCAAGAAUCAUGCUCUGAGAAGGGCAAAGCCAGCAGGGCUGAUUUCCAGACUGAGCAAAGUAUCUCUCUAAAUUUAUUUCCUUUUGUUAAGUGCAUCCACAUCUCUCCAGAAGAAAUGCAAGAUUAGUGUGACUAUUUGUGUUCACUUCUCCAAGGUCUCCCUUGCCUUUUGCUGCUAGGGAAUAGCAGCAAUUACAGAUAAAACCAGCCAGGAUCAGUGUAUUCCUGUGGCCUUUUUUCAGUCAAGUUUUUACUGUGAGAACUGCAGUGCCUUUUGGCUGUAGCAUCAGGCAUGUAAGAGAAAUAUUUGAGUAAAUAUUUAGAGUCAAAAGCAGAUUUUGUUUUUGUCCACAUACUUCAACUUAAUGCUUUCCACAAAGACUUAAGGCUCAAUACUGUUAAUGUGCAUGAGAAUGAGUGUCUUACAGUUCUAUCUUAUGAAAUAAUUAACCUUAAUUUUGUGGUGCCCUGAGCAGCUUCCUCACAGGCUUUUAAGUUGAUGAUGCUGCUAACAAUUCACUGUUUUGAACCAAGUCAGUGAGGAGCGAUACCAUCACUUUUCUUUGGACAGAAAAGUAAUCCUUGGCUACUGAGUUAUUUCUGCAGAUUUCUUGCUGUAGCUUGGGAGAGAAGCAGAAGCAGAGGUGAUUACCUCACACCUAACUCAAGUAACAUUGUUGGUAAAACUACUACUACCUCAACUCACUAGUGACAUUUUAAUAAAAUAAUACAAUUUCAAUACAAGAGGAAAGCUGCCAGGUCCUGGUUGAUUAACUGAGAUGAGAGAUGCUGACAUCUUUCAGGACAACAGCAAGAGGACCUGUUUUCCAUUGAAAUAAAAGGUCAUAUUUCAGAUUUCCAUGAGGAACUAAAAGGAAGUUUGGGAUGACUGAUAUUAGCUUUAAAACAAAAAAGGCUGUGGUGUGAAUUUUAGUCCCUUUUCUGUUAAAACAAGAAAAACUACCACAACAAAAUGUUAGUUAAAAUUAUCUUGUGCCUUAAUUAUCUUGGCUCAGGAAUGAACACCAACUCAGAAGCACUCAGGGUUUAAAGUUGAUGAACACUCAUGGAAAGAUAGUGUGGUUACUAACACAGCAUGACAGUCCAAAAGCAAUUUAAAUGCAGCAAAAGAUCCCUUUUUUGACCAGCUCCAGAGUUUGUAAUCUGUGCACAGUCUGUUUUGUUCAGGGUAGAAGCUUUAUCAGAGGGAUAUCAGAAUCCUAAGGAUUGUUUUUGUAAAGCUACUACACCAUUCAGAAGGGUUCUGCAGUUUGUUGUGUUGCUGUGGUACCUGCUAAAGUGUGGAUCAUCUGUCACAUUGCAAUUCCCGCUUCUUCAGGUAUCAGUGAAAGUUUAUCAGCAGGUACAACAGCUCAAAGCAGUUUUGCUCUGUUUGGUAUUUCUUUAAAAUACACCUGGGUGUUAAUUUACCUUUUUUUACUCAACCAUAAAUUAUAAAAUAAAAUAUUAAAUAUGCA